AGUCGAGUUCCUGUGAUGGUGUUCAUUCAUGGAGAAUCCUAUGAAUGGAAUGCAGGAAACCCUUAUGAUGGUCGUGUACUGGCAAGCUACGGUAAUGUCGUUGUUGUAACAAUCAACUACAGGCUGGGGGUGUUAGGGUUUCUGCCUGCUGUUGAUAAAUCAGCUAGGGGAAAUUAUGGGUUGAUGGAUCAAGUGGCAGCUUUGCAUUGGAUUCAAGAAAAUAUUGAAGAAUUUGGAGGGGAUGCGUCUAACGUCACCAUAUUUGGUCACGGCUAUGGUGCAGCAUGCGUAAAUCUUUUAAUGCUGUCACCCAUGGCAAAAGGACUAUUCCACAGAGCAAUAAUGCAAAGUGGUUCUGCCCUCAGCCCUUGGGCAAUCGCACACGAAGCCAUUACUCAUACGCACCAUAUUGCAGAGGCAUUGGACUGUCCAGCCCAAGAUAAUACGGCCCUGGUCGAAUGUUUACGGAAACGAGAGCUUCAGGAAAUAAUGGAUGUCGAAAUUCCGGUACCUGAUUACUUGUCUGCAUUCGGUCCCACGGUGGAUGGUAUUGUUCUCCCCCAAGAUCCGGAAGUAAUGAUGGAAAGAAGUCCAGAGCUUUAUACGCAGUAUGAUCUCCUGUUCGGGAGCACAAAAAUCGAAUCCUACUUUCAGUUUUCUGCCUUAGAGGAGACGUUUGGAAUCGAGAGUUCGAGAAGGGAUAGAAUUUUAAGGACGCUUGUCAGAAAUCUGUUUACAUAUCAUUUGCAGGAGAUAUUUCUGACAAUAGUCAAUGAAUAUAUGGACUGGUCAAAACCAUUUUUACACGCAAGCAACAUUUUCGAGAACACCGUCGAUGCUCUAGGAGACGCUGUAGUUGUUGCCCCUAUCAUCCGAGCGGGAUCCUUCCACAGUGGUGGCCUCCUACGCGACUACAGCUAUCCUUUCCAAUCGUCUUCGACCACAGCAGCAGAGAAGAGAAGCUACUUUUAUGUCUUUACGUACCAGACGGAAUACGGGGACUUCACAUCGAAAGUCGGAUGCAUAACUGGAGAAGAUCUGCCAUACGUUUUUGGAGCUCCACUGGUCACUUCUUUGGCUCACUUUGGCAAUAACUACACGAAGGCCGAGGUUUCGCUGUCUGAAGUGAUUAUGACGCAAUGGACUAACUUUGCCAAAUACGGAAAUCCAAAUAUUGUGACGCCGGAUAGUGAAACUCAAAGUGAAAAUUUGAGAGGUCGCUACGAGAAAGCUAACUGGCCUGCCUACGAACCUAUCCAUCAGAAGUAUUUAAGCAUCACAAUGAAACCCAAAGUGAGAGAUCACUACAAGGCUCAUCGGUUAUCCUACUGGCUGAAUUUGAUUCCACGCCUCCAUAGUUCCGGCGAAAUGAACGUUUCCGUUCAACACCAUCGACUACAAGACCACGAUAACCCUUCGAGUUAUGACGGAAUUGUUCGCAGCUUUCCAGGAAGUAGAGGCCCUUUUCCAUCCACACUGCCUCCUCCUCCAUCCUUAGAGGGCUCUUCAAAUGACCACCAGAACGAGUCCUUCAGAGAUGAGAAUAUGACGGCGAAAACAGAGGCCAAAGAAACGGAAUUUAUUUCCAAACUUGAUCGAGGGAACAGUUCUUUGUCUACGAGCGGAAAUCAGAGAAUGUACUCCACAGCCCUCAUAGUCACAAUUGCAGUGGGGUGUUCCCUUUUGAUUUUGAAUGUGAUUAUAUUUGCUGGGAUAUAUUAUCAAAAAGAGAAAGACAACCUUGAGAAGAAACUACAGAAAACCUUUUAUCAGGAGAGACGGAGCGACGACGAAGAAGGACACCCUUCCGGCGGGAAACCAUUCCUCGUCAAAGACCUGUCUUCUUCGAUGAUGCUCAAUCAAUACUGCUCGCAGCAAGAGUAUGACGGCAGGCAAGCUCUGGAUCUCGUCCAGCCCAGCAAAGUCAAACAACAGUACCAGCAGAGUUUGUCGUCCGCAAACAGUCACGAAUCCUGCGACGGGCAGUUCCAUAUGAGCAGCCGGACACCACAGUCCGAAAGAGGGAUCGGGCUCAGAGAAGCUCAGCCCCUUUUGACGCCCCCGUCCUCGAACCCACACACCAUUAUAGCAACAGCUGAUUGUUUACAAAGCUGGCAACACAACCAAGAAAUGUCAGUAUUUGGAAUAGACGCCCAUACUUAAUAAGUACAUUUGUCCAGCUUUUCUACAUAUUUACCAAAAAAAUUACAUCCACUUGAGCGGCUUCAAGAACUGGUUUUUAAGUUUCUUUUCACGGAACAAAGUAUUAACGUAAAAUUGAAAAAGAGAAGAAAAAAAAACAUAUGGAGCAUGAUCUAUGUAAAAAUUAAUUUCAUAUAAAUACAACUCUUCAGUUUCUGAGUCUUGUCACGCAAGAAAUCUUUACUCAUAUUUUAUAGAGAUUUGUGUACUCAAAAUACAAUUUUACAGCUGUGAUGAUUUCAUUGUGAAAAAGAAA